AUCCACGCUGCCUCCCUCUAAGACAGCACUGACUCGUGGCUGCAGUGUCUCUGUGUCGGUCUCUCGGUGUCCUGUUACCACCACACACACCACAACACAGUACAGCCAGCAACACCAUUGAUUACCCAGUCAGCCUAACCGCACCGAAGCAUUACUGGCAUAUUUUCAUCGCCUCUGGAUUCCUAGACACGAAAACGCACAAAACACAGCACAGUCUCCCCAAGAAUUGAGGUUUCCACUGGAUUUGGAGUCUAUUACGGCUUGAUGUUAAGACCUCCGCCAAAACAUGCAUUGUACAGUCGACGCGAGGACUCAUAAUGGAGUGUGGUAAAAUUGUGUCUAUAAAUUAAGUGGGAAUUGACGUAGGAACAAUUUUUAUUAAGAGCCUCGCUAAGACUUAAGACCACUUUUUAAAACACUUCUGCGCCGCAUCUUCACUACAUUCAGAAGGCUCUAUUCGAAGUAAUACUGGUUUUUAAGGAUGUUUUUGCGGUUCUAGUGACAGAUUAACAGGUUUUCUACAUUAUUAACAGGAGAAACACUCUUGAGAACCUGGCUAAUCAUCUCUGUGGCCUUUGAAAACAGUCGAGGUGAGAGAGCAAAGUGUUACAGAAAACGGGCGUCAGAGUACAGGCGACCCAAGAAGUGACACCAAGGUUAAGCGCAUUGCGUGUCUAUAAAUCGGGCGGAGGUUGAUGAUAUACGAAAGAACUGGUGGUACUGAGAGCCCCGCCUGUGUGAGGGAUGCGUGGUGAUGUCAGGCAGCAAGUUGUGGGUCUGUGUGUGUGUGUUUGUCAUGGAGUUUACUGUUAUCUUUUCCAGUGACGUGCAUGAGUGACUGUUGAAGAGCACGGGGUUAAAAUAUGAGAGGAGGAUAAGCAAGAAGAGUCACUACCACUACUACUACUACUACUACUACUACUACUACUAGAAAAAAAGACGAAAAAACCACAGCCACUCUUCCUACAACAACAACAACAGCAACUACUACUACUACUACUACUACUACUACUGCUACUACUACCACCAUCAUGUCCUUCCGUCAGCCUACACACAUCAUCAUCACCCCGGCUGGACACAAUAGCAAGCUGCAUAAGAAGAAGAAAAAGAAGACUACCAUUGCGCCCCAGCCAGAAGGAAACGAACUUAAAUCGAUCAAGAAACGACGAGAGAGACUGGAGUCUAUGAUACAAAGCCGCAAACUCCCGCCCCUGCCUGCUGCCACCUCCUCCGGCAGCAGCAGCAAGCAGGGAAGCAGCACCAGCAGGAAGAGCACCCAGAUGUCUCUCUCCCCCCACUGGACAGAGAAGGAGAGGAAGAAGGAGCGACAGCCGACCCCGACUCCUACUAUUGGUGCUACUAAGAUGAACAGGGCGUCUCGCUCGGUGGAUAGAUUGCCGGAGAUUGGAGGACGAGAGGACUUCGCUGGAGGAGGAGGAGGAGGAGGAGGAGGAGGAGGGAGAGAGGUGACGGAAGAGAGACUGGCAGAGAUGAGGCAAGAAAUGUCAACUGAAAUCAAAAUACUCAUGGAACAGCAGAUGCGGAAGAUGCAGCAGCUACUGGAGCAACAGAAGGCGCGGCAGGAGAGGAAGAGGGACAAACAGGCGCAGAGGGAGCUGUCCAAGAUGCAGCGAGAGGCAGAGAGGGCAGCAGCGGCACGCGACGGAGGGGAGUCAACUGCUGCAGCGAAACAAAACAGUGACGAAGAAGUGGAUUCCAGUCCCAAGGAACCCCCAAAUGAAGAAGAAGACAAAGAAGAAGAAGACAAAGAAGAAGAAGGCAAAGAAGAAGAAGAAGAGGAAAAAGACAAACAACAAACAGAAAACGAGAAGGAGGAGACGAACAAAACCGAGGAGGAGGAGAGGAAACAAGAGGAACAAAAGGAGGAAGAGGAAGAAGAGGAGGAGGAAGAUAUCACAGAAGAGAUAGAAGAGAUUGUGGCAGGACUGGGAAGCGGGAACCAGAAAAGACAACUGAGAUGCGCAGAGAGAGUGAGAGAGUUACUGUCACAACCUUGCCCCCCCAACAGGCAGCUAGUGGAGGGGGGUGUACUCCCCCUCCUGGUGCGCUGCAUGGACAGGGGGGAGAGCCCGCAGCUUCAGGAGGCCUCUGCUUGGGUCAUCACCAACAUCGCCUCUGGCAGGAGUGAACACACGCAGGCGGUGGUGGAUGCGGGUGCCGUGGGCGUGCUGGUAGGCCUAGUGAGUACGGGCAGCGGCGACGUGAGGGAGCAGGCGGUGUGGGCGCUGGGGAACAUCGUGGGUGACGGGGCGCGCUGCAGGGACGUGGUACUGAAGCAAGGCGUUAUUCCCCCGCUUGUUGAUCUUCUGCAUGUGAACGUGUCGACGUCGCUGAGGAGGCAGGUGUGCUGGGUGCUGACCAACCUGCUACGGGUGAGGGGCGCCCGCUUGACUGACCAGCAGCGGGCCCAGUGUGCCGAGGCCUUCCUGGUGCUGGUGGCCUCCCUUCACCCCGAGGUGCAAGCCGACGCUUUGUGGGGGGCGGCGUACCUGGCUGAUCUGGGGCCCGAGGGCGUGGACACGGUGCUGGAGGCGGGGCUGGUGCGCGAGGUGGUGCAGCGCCUCUACUCAGACGAGGAGCGCGUGGUGGCCGCCGCGCUGAGAGCCACUGGGAGCAUCGCGGCUGGUACCAACGAGCAGACGGAGGCGCUGCUGCAGGCGGGCGCGGUACCCAUCUACCGGGACCUCCUGCAGCACCCUAGCCCAGGCGUGGCGAGGGAGGCGGCCUGGAUUUUGUCCAACGUGACGGCGGGGACUCCUGCGCAGAUCCAGAUUGCGAUGGACGUACAAGUGGUGCCUGCCCUGAUUGCUGCCGUGGAGGAGGAAGACGCGGAGUUACGGAAGGAGGCAACGUGGGGUCUGGCUAACCUGGCCUCGGGGUGCACGGCGGAGCAGGCCACGUGGCUGGCGGGGAGCGGCCUGGUGCCCUGUCUGGCGCGCCUCCUGCAAGGCGAGGACGCCGGCAUGCUGCUGGUGGCCCUCGACGCCCUCAACAACUUGUUCAAGAAGUCCCCGGAGAGGCGCAGGCUGACCCAGGGAGUGGAGUCCUCGGGGGGCCUGGAGCGCCUGCGUGCCCUCAAACAGCACAAGGUGGCGCAGGUGGCGAGAAUGUCCAACUAUCUCCUCACUACCUAUUUGUGGGAGGGCAGCCAGGGGGAGUAGAGGCGGUGGUGGUGGUGGAGGAGGGAGGAGAGAAAUAGAGGUUAUCUGGAGGAGGAAAAGGAGGAGGAAGAGGAAGAAAUGAAAUAGCGGUUAUCUUCACUCUGAUAUCUACUGCUACUACUACUACUACUACUACUACUACUACUGCAACUCUAGUCAAUAUUAAGACAAGUUUCGUUAAGUGGUGUUUUGAGUAAAAAUCUGUCACGCAGCUCACUCAGUUGACAGGAAUUGACUUGAACUGAUGGACGAUAGAGACAGACAGUUAGACAGACGAAUAAAUAGAUAGAUAGAUAGAUAGGUACAAUGAUAGAUACAGAUAGAUACAGUUAGACCUAUGGAUAGAUAUAGACAGAGUGACAGAUAGAUGGAUAGGUACAUAGAUAGAUAGAACAAGAAAUAGAUGAAUAAAUAGAUAAAAAAAAAAUACUGAACGACUACAGAAAACGGGUCUCGCGUCACAAAUAAGACACUUACAGAGCUAAAUAAGUUGGGGAGUUGCUUCUUCCUAGUCUUUCUUAAUGGGACACACGCUGGUUCCUCUUCCUGGUGUAGUGGCUCGCGAGGCCCCCGUGUAUAUGUAGUAACGCUGUGAAGAGUGAAGUGAAUAAUAAAUGAUAAGGAUUUCAUUGCGUGCUGUCAAUCAUGUAUGAAAAAAAAAAAGAGUGAUUAUAUUGAAGGUACUAUUGAUGUAUUGAAAUGUAUUAUGUGUUUGGUAUUGCAAGGUGAAUUUCUUAUCUUUAUUGUUAUUGUUUAUUUGUUAUUUAUUUGUUUAUUUGUUUUCUUUUUUACUCCCUGAAAUGUUAGGCUAGGUUAGUGUAAUGCUGUGUGGUAUUGUGUAAAAAA